AAAAUGCGAGAAAAAAAAAAAAAAGUUUUUCCUCUUUUCCUCUUAUUUUAUUUCAGAAACUAGGGACAAUAUAGCACGCCAUAUGACUGGAACAUGGACACACUGUCCUCCAAAUAAGGGAAGGAGUGAGCGAGGGAGCCUGUUACCUUGAUAUGUUGCUCGUUUCAACCCAUAAAAAAUCCCUGGGUUUAACCUGAUUAAGAUCCACAGUCUCUAAAGUAAGGAUUUAAUGGACAAUGUGAAAAGCUUCUACCGUAUUUAUUUGGCGGUAGCAAUAAGGGGUUCGAUAUGAACUCGGGACGUCAACAAAGGUUUCUGGAUUCAUCUUCAGGACCAAGUGUAGAUGGAAGUUUUAGAAUGUCUAGCGCAGGUGUCUCACCUGAUAGGAGGUCAGGAAGAUCAAUUGCAAGCAAGUUUAUGCCUACAUCCAGGAGAGCGUUCAAGGGACUUAAAGAUUGUGCCAAGAAACUCAUUGAUUGUGAAUCCCUUUCAUACUAUCUUGAAGACUGGAUUCUUGAGAGGAUGAAUUCGACUUCUUCAGAUGGGAAAUGGUCCUUCAAGUCACCUUUUCUAAUUGAUGAGUUGAGAAAGCUUGAUUAUGCAUUAGAAGGGGUUGUGUUUCAACAACUUCUCCGGAUGCCUUGCAUGGACCAUGUCUCAGGCAUUGCAAAAGAAGAGGAGUAUCUUGCAUUGGAGGACUUUUUACUUGCGAGUGCAGAUGGUCUUUGGCGAACCUUUUGGCAUAAAAAUGGACCUUUGCCAUUUUUCAUAUGCUGUCCUCUCAGAGCUGGCUCCAAAUUCUAUACUGUGGAAAAGGCAAUGUCAAGGGGGAAGAUAGGAGGGCUUUGUGGAGCUGCAUUAAUGGCUAAAAAUGGCAAAGACAUGCAAGGCCAAUGGGACCAAGUGGUAGAGUUUGCGCUGUUCAAAUCUGAAAUAGGGAGCGAAAACGAGCUGGGGCUGUCUGCCUCUACCAUCAGUGAAGCACUCUUCUAUGGAUUUCACAUAAUUCUCUCAAGGAGUCUAAGCAAGUCCGAUACAUGUGGUGAUUCCGUUUACUUAUUAGUUCUUGACCCCAAAUUUGGUGGGGUGGUUAAAUUUGGUGGUGAUUUAAGCAAAUUAGAUCUUAGCUCAGGUAACCCCUAUGUGUCUGUUGCCAACUGGAUGAAGAACCAUGCAGAAGUCUAUGUUUCCCCAAUAGACCGGAUUUGGAACAAGCUUGGAAAUGCAAAUUGGGGAGACUUAGGAACACUUCAGCUACUUUUGGCGACAUUCUACUCUAUCAUUCAAUGGAAGGGGCCUCCGAGAAAGUCGAUUGCUGCAUUGGCUGCUGACCAUAGCCUUCGACUCCAAAAACGAAGGAUUGAAUGUCGUCUAACCGAGAAUGGGGUCACCCCGAUCCAUACCCAACUGGAGCAUCAAAAUCAAGGGGAGAUCGUGGAACUAGAAGACGAUACGGACUCUUGUUAUAGAAAGCAAUUUGAUCGACUUGUGCUUGAGCCCAAUGAGGUCUUGGUUCUUGAAGACUCUCAAGGGCAGAAAGGGUUCCAAAUAAAGGACACUUUAGGCAACCAGACAUGCUCCUUAUAUAGUGCGGUCUCAUUGGACCAACCAAGUGAGCUUCUUACUGUUCAUGUGGGGGCCCACCCAUCAAGGCUUGAGCCCUCAUGGGAGGACAUGAGCACGUGGUAUCAGGUCCAACGCCAAACCAAGGUCCUCAACAUUUUGAAGCAACGGGGCCUUUCAUGCAUCUAUAUACCUGAGAUUAUAGCAUCAGGUCGAGUCCUACAUCCAGGCCCUUGCUCAAAGAAGAGCCCAGGGGGCCGGUGUGAUCACCCUUGGUGUGGAACCCCAGUACUCGUGACCUUACCAGUUGGGGAACCUCUCUCCUCUAUCAUAGCACAAGAGGGCCCUCUUUCUUCUGAAGAGGCCUUGCGAUGUUGUCGGGACUGCCUAUCUGCUCUUAAGAGUGCAGCCUCAGUUAAUGUUCAACAUGGUGAUAUCUCCCCUGAGAAUGUGGUUAAGGUUAGCAGUGGGGCCCACUAUGGUGGUGUUAGGUACCACCGCUAUGUGCUUGUAUCAUGGGGCCAUGCAGUUUUGGAGGAUAGGGAUAGUCCAGGCAUGAACUUGCAAUUUUCAUCGACACAUGCGUUGCAGCAAGGGAAGCUUUGCCCUGCUUCUGAUGCUGAGAGUGUGGUUUAUCUUUUGUAUUUUUUGUGCGGUGGGAGCUUGCAAGAUAUGGAGUCUAUAGAGGCAGCAUUGCAAUGGAGAGAGAGGUGUUGGGCAAGAAGGGUGAUACAACAACAAUUAGGGGAGGUUUCGGCUUUGCUUAAGGCCUUCUCAGACUAUGUGGAUAGUCUUUGUGGGACACCUUACCCUGUGGACUAUGAUAUUUGGUUGAGGAGGUUGAAUAGGGUUGUGGGGGAUUCGGAGUCUUUGGAUAGAGGAAAGUUGGUGGAAAGAAAUUCAAUUGUUCUGGUGAGAGGAGAGGAUGUUGCGGAGUCUUCAGGGACUUCUCCUUUGCAAUGAAAUGUUAGGGUGGUGUCAAUACAAAAAAAUAGAGAAAUUUUGAGGUGGUUCCAAAAAAAAAAAAAGAAUUCUUUUUGCCAUGAAAUGGUGAAGUGGUUGUUGAAAAGAUUGGAUUGUAGAUGGGGGGUCAUGGAGAUGUGGUGGUUGUAACUAUAGGAGCCUGAUGGGGUAUUGUAAAAGUAUGUUGGGUUUUUUGCAUCUGAUUUUGUUUACGCUUUUCACUUUACUUGAUUUUUGCUUUGUGGUGUUCUUUAUUUUUGCCAUUUUUUGUGGCAUUGGGUUUCAAUUUGGUAUAUAAUUCAGGUUGCUGGCGUCCUUUUGGGAAAAAGUGCCAAGAGCCAGAUAUGGAAAUGUAGAUUGAAAUUGUUGAACCCGUGAAAUUAUUAGUGGGAGUUCAUAGAUAUGCAUGUGGUGUGGACUGGCUUGUUCUUGGUAUUCUUAUUUUGCAGUGUAACUUGAUG